AUGGCCGAGAUCGACACUACACCAUUAGAGUCCGUGAAGGCAGCAGUGGAUCUCUUCGACCGGGGAAGCGAUCAGAGCAGGCUUAGUCCAGACGGGAAUGAGGAAGAUCAGAUCGCCGUCUUAACCAAGGAGCUCGCGACCUGCAAGCUGCAGCUGGAAGUGAGAGAGAGCCAGCACAAGCAAGCCACGAUGCAGAUCGAAGCUCUCCAGAAGGCGGUGCAGGAGCUGUCGGGGCAGCACGAGAAAGAGUGCAUGGACGCGCACCUCCGCAUCGCCCAGCUGGAGGCCGAGAACAUCAGCAUCAUGAGCCGGCAGUCGGAGACGGACGGCGAGUGCGAGGCCCUGAGGGGCGAGCUCGCCGUCGUGAGGCGCGACCUCGACGCCGCCAGGGCGUCGGUCGCCUUCGUGCUGCGGGAGGUGGAGGACAUGGAGACGAGGGCCAUCCUGGAGAGGGAAGGCACCAAGGACGCCCUGGCGCGGAUACUGCAGCUCAACGAGACGGUCCUGUCGUCCGCCGUCGCCGCCAUCAGGGCGGAGGAGGAGAGGUCCGUCUUCUUUCAGGAGUCCACGCUCCAGUUGCUUGACUCUGACAGGAAUCUGGAGGUCGUCAGGAGGCAGAUUGAGAUGAUGGAGCGCAUGGAGAUGGAGCUGCUGGCCAAGACGGUGGAAGUUGAGUACCUGCAGGCGGAGCUCAAGCAGGCCAAGGAGAUUUACGUGUCGCCGCAAAAGCCACGAGAUUCUGAUGCAACGACGGUGCUCAGUGCUGCCGGUUGCAGCAACUUGGAUGGUCGUCAUGAUCAGGUUCAGGUUCUGGGACGUGAAACAGCAGUGGAAGAUGCUGAAGCGGAGCCGGAAUUCACGUUUCAGCACUCACCAGGAUUAUCCUUUGUCUCUGAUGAAAUCUUCAGAAAGGAUUGUCAAGUCGUCGUUCCAUCUGGUGGCAGCGAGAUGGAAAUUGGUACAUCCGAGGACUUAGCUGAGAGUGAGAAUAAACAAGGAGCAGCAGUGAUGGUUGGGGACACGACAGUAGCUGAAGGGAAUUCCGAUGCUCAAGAUACAAGAUGUCUUAUUGCUAAAAUCUCUGGAGAAGAUAACUAUGCCAAUCAACCACGUGUCAGAUUCAAAUGUAUCGAAGCAGAACCAGCUGAGUCAGAUGGCGCACUUGCAGACUUCACGGUGUGCCAAGGGAAUGACGCCCCUGUUCAAGAUCACGUAGAGACGAGGGCAGAUGCCAGCUUUGUCCUUGAGAGCUCCAAGGACGAUUUCCAGAGCAUGCACUCUGAUGUCAAGGACGUCAUCAGCAUCGCCGAGGUUGACAAGGUCGCGAGGGCAUCGAACCAAGAACCACGAGCGGAGCCGGCCGCAGCUCCGACGACCUCCACGCCGCGAGAAGGCAGCUCAGAUACUUGCGCCUUCGCCACGGAGGUCGUCUCCAAAGACGAGGACGAGUUCUACACGAAGGAGCUGGAGCCCGAGCCGGCGGGGCAGGGGGCCAAGCAGCUGGACGGGUACGUGCUCGUGUCGAAGGGCAGCGACGCCGGCGCCGACGUCGCGGUCAAGGACAAGCAGCUGGAUGAGGCGCGCACGGAGAUCAGCGACCUGCGGUUCAGCCUGGAGGAGGCCGUGCGGCGGGCCGAGCUGGCCGAGGAGGCCAAGGUGGCGCUGGAGCGGGAGCUGCGGGAGGAGAUCAGGAGGAAGCACACCCCAUCGCGGCGGCGCGCGACGUCGGACUCGGAGGCCGGUCGGCGCCCGGCGCGCGAGGGGGCUCGUCCGACUACGCCCGCGCAGCCGCGGCCGACGUCGUCUAGUACGUCAGGGACGCCGUCCAGGGCACUGAGGAGUGCCCGCCCGGGAGGGGAGGACAUGCCGACGCCGCGCUGCUUGACGCUGGGAAAGGUGUUGAAUAUGAAGUACAAGUGA